AUAAGCUUUAUUUACUUUAUAAUCAUGCAUCUCUUCACAUCAAUAGUGGCAUUAAAAACUGUGCAGGCAAAAUAGUGUUAUACAUUUGCCGGAGACCCCCUCCACAAACCCCAGAAAUACACAAAAGGUAGAAAUUUGAUAAAUUGGGAUAUCAAUGAAAGUACAGGCUGCACAACUGUGCCAGACAAGGAAUUCCUGGGCUGACUUCUGCAAACCAGGCUGGGUGGUCUAGCAAAGAGCAAAUCUGUUAACACACCUGAGAUUGCUGGACAUAUGACCCAAGGGAAUGUGGGGAUGAGCCCCAAAGGUAUGGUGGGUACACAGCCUAUGGUUUCAAGGGAAAGGUCUCUAGCGGGCUUUGGCUCACAUACUGAAUCCUGCUUCCUCCACAGAGCCAGGCUCCAGGGAUGAGGCUCCAGCUCCAGCUCCCGGGAUGAAGGGCGAGAGAGCAUCCUGGCGGUUCCCGGCUGACAUCCCUCGCGGCGCAUCCCCACUGCCCCUUCUCCGUGUGGGCAUGGCUCCAUCCCGGCCGUUUGGCGCAGAAGCAGCAGCCAAAGUUUCCUCCCAUUAAAACAGCUUCUCGGGUGAUUUCUGAGAGGGAGGAGACUUUGGCUGCUGCUUCUGUGCUAGGCCAGUCGAACGGCCGUACGGAGAAGUGGGGAGCCCUUAUAAGAUCAGUGUGGGAGCCUUUCCCCAACACAUAUUCUGUUCUGGCCAAAUCCCUGGAGAGAUGUGGUGAACAUCAGGGCCACGCCUCCAGGGAUGAGGCUCCAGCGCCGGCUCCCGGAAUGAAGAACCGAACAACAUCCCGGCGGUUCCCGGCUGACGUCCCUCGCGGCGCAUCCCCACUGCCCCUCCUCCGUACGGACAUGGCUCCUUCCCGGCCCGGUUUGGCACAGAAGCAGCAGCCAAAGUUUCCUCCCAUUAAAACAGCUUCUCGGGUGAUUUCUGAGAGAGAGGAGACUUUGGCUGCUGCUUCUGUGCUAGGCUGGUCGGACGCCCGUACGGUGGAGAAGUGGGGAGCCCUUCUAAGAUCAGGGAGGGAGCCUUUCCCCAACAUAUACUUUGUUCUGGUCAAAUCCCUGGAGAGAUGUGACGACCCUCAGGGCCACACCUCCAGGGAUGAGGCUCCAGCGCCUGCUCCUGGGACGAAGAACAACAGACCAUCAUGGUGGUUCCCGGCCCCUGACCCUCGCCUGCCUCACCCUCCGUCCGUUCCCCAUGCGGGCAUGGCUCCUUCCCGGCCCUACUUGGCGCAGAAAGAGGAGCCAAGGUUUCCCCCCAUCAAGAACACCUCCAGAGUUAUUCCGGAGCCGGGGGAGACUUGGGUUGCUGCCUCUGUGCCAAGCCGGCCGGGACGGAGCCCAGACACCCGUACGGAGGAGUUCAGGUUGGGGCAGCUAAUAAGAUCAGCGAGGAGAAGGUUCAGCCUGGGAGCCGCUGCAUCCCGGGAGGGACUGGAGCCCAGACAAAGGCCUCUCACCCCAGAGCUAAUGGGAUAGAGGGAAGGACAAAGACCCCCAUAGGGAGGCAAAGUGUGGAAAGGCUCAGAGUUCAGGCAGGGGGAAAUGCCAAUUGAGUGCUGGAGUGGGGGGGGGAGCAGGCCUGUCUCUCCCCAGCCCCUUGCCCCCUCCUUCCAAGCCAGGGGUCUGGUCAUUAUGUGCCCAGGCAGGAGCAGCGAUGGUUGGCAGCCAGUGGUGACGUGGGCAUGGGCAGCAUGGCAGGGGUGCUUGUUCUGUCCCCCUCCU